AUGGCUCUUAGAGAUAAGAUUUUGGCCUUGAUUGGCUCCAUUGCCACUCGCUACACGCGUGCAUCCUUGUUUGUCACCCGCCAGUCGCUUUAUGGCGCUUCGCUUUUCACGGCGAUCAUUGCCGUGCUUCUCCCGAUCUCAUUGGUGACAUACUUGAAUUUUUAUAAGAUGCUCGUGCCAGUGGAGCGAUUUGCUGUCCCCACGUUGUUCUUGAAGAGUUCAAGUGGCUUAGCAUCCUCAGACAUUGACCCGCUGAAGGCCUUGUCGUUUCUUCGACGCAAUGCCGACUUGCCGUUCUCGGUGAGGAUCAAUCUUCGGGCAGUCUGUUUUGUGGAGAAGUCGUACCAUUUGAUCGAGUAUCUCUUCAGCCUUACCCCUCAAGUGACUCGCGAGAAUAGCUUCAUCAUCAAUUGCGAUCUGCGAUACAUUUACGUUGACAGAAACAGCUGGAUUCCGUACCAUCUUCGGUACUGGGUGCCCCCAAUCUUUGUGGACAUCUUCAAGACCGUGGAAGUGGACUGGCCCUUGCUCUACAGCACUGGCAGGGAACUUGCCCAAUUGUUGCACGAACAGAAAAGUCAUAUAUUGUUUAGGAACACCGACCCUAUCCUCAUUGAUAACUCAAAGACAACCCUAGACUUUGUCAUUGAGUGGAAUGGCAUCCGGUAUUACCUCGUGAACUACUACUUCACCAGUCUUUUCGUUGGCGUGCUUAUCUUCUGGGGAAUUAGCUCCUUUAUCUGCAUGAUCUCCACACUUUACUACUACAACAAGUUUAGCGACGAGACAGAGGAGUCCCCACAGAAGCCACCAGCAUCACAGAAGCAAGACUGA